CUCCAGCUGGGCAGUUGCGGCUCACUCGGCCUGACAGUAGUACGUGUGUGUGUAUGUGUCGUGCGUCCAGUCUUUUUUUUUUCACUUCACUCGCCGGAUUUAACGAACUGGAUCUACGUGUGCUUUCCUACAGGAGGUGGAGGGCUUGAGGUUGUUGUGGUGCUGGAGCUGCGUUGACCAAGAUUGUUGCAGAAAGUUGUCGUGGUUACAAAUAUAGAGGGACGACCCUUGAUGACCCCGUGGUCGUCCUGAUGCUCUCGCUCACAGUGUGCGGAUUCGGGACCAGGCCCUCUGCUCCAUUGAAAAUGGUGUUAUCAUGGAGCGUAGAGAGGGGGUCGCUGCUGGUGGUGGUGGUUCAUCUACUUCACCUCUCUACCAUCUACGCUCACCCCACCAACACUGUGAGUUCUACCUCUACUCAUCUACUGGACUUUGAGAUCGUUCCUGUCACUAAUUUCUCCUGCGCUGGGAAAGUGAUCGGUGGUUACUAUGCAGAUGUCUACACCAGCUGUCAGAUGUUUCAUGUGUGCACGCUCAACGAGAAAGGCGAUAUUCACGACUACACAUUCCGAUGCUUAGUGGGAACGGUGUUCGAUCAGGAGACUCGUGUGUGUGAACGUUCAGAUGAGGUAGACUGUAGCAAGUCAGAGUCCUUCUUCUAUCUCAACAAUGAUCUCUACGGUCCCGGCAUCAUCCCAUCCACGGCAGACUCGGAGGGCAACCCCAGCGCCGCUAAAGUGCAGGUUCUGGACCCCACUGUCGCCCUAAUGGGGGCUCCUGACCCUCCCACAGUCCCUCCUGAUACUUCGGAAGCUACACCCCCACCUGUUCCACAUUCCCAACCCCCGUCCCUGCCAGCACCCACUAGUUCCCCACUACCUCCUGUGAGCCCUCCCGGAGUUACUGCCUCUACUACUCGGAUGUCCACCUCUACCUCUUCCUCAGUUACAGCUGCCUACUCCUUUCCACCCCUGCCUUUUACUGUCAGCAGAACGUCUACUUCUGUGUCUGCUUCUUCACGCGUCCGCAUCCAGACGCCCCUUGCACAGAUCUCCCUCCAGCAAGGUGUGGACCACUCUGUCCUACCUGCGCCCCAUCUGCGGCCCUCCCUGCUCCGCCUCGCAGCUGAAGCUCAAAACGCAGCACUAGCUGCAAAGAUAUUAGAGGGUCACAGUUCAACCUCGCCCCCCCCGGUCACCGUUCAGACGCCCGCUAACUUCGAGGAUGUUCCCAGACUCUCUGUAUUCCAUCUUGAUACUUCUGGUGCUGGGGCCACUAAUAAUAAUGGUGGAUCUUCUCCUCAUAGACAGAAAAGACAAUUGACAUUUCGAGCUCGAAACUUUUCACCUUCUUUAACACAGGAAGAUUUUACUUUGCUUGCAGCCGCUGCUCCUACUUCUUUCGGACUUGAUAACCAAGACCACACAGUAACUUCUAUGGACAAUUUUCAAAGAACCAUUACCUCGAGGGGUCGAAACAGGUUUAGGCAAUCAGACCCUCAUGAUCAGCAGCCUCAGAUAAUUAGGCAACGAGUUAGAGAUAGUUCCUUACGACCACAGCAUGGUCAGGCUGCAGUCAGGCAGAAAAGCAACUCUUUACAAGAUUUACAAAAUGACAGUCUAAUACCUGUCAGACAAAUCAGGCCUCAAACAAAUGUACGAAGAAUUAGACCAACAACAGAUUUUCAGAUUGAGCAAUUUAUUAGUGAUAGACAAUUUAAACCUCAGGUGAUAGGUAGGCAAAGUGACCCAUCUGUAACAUCUAGACAGAGAGGUAGGGUUCGCGUUUCAAGGCCAACUAGCCAUGCUAAAGUGACAAGACGCAGGCCAGUGCCUCAGACUUCUGCACCAGUUUCUUCUUUACGUAGUCAUGUGCAUCAUGCCAGCUUCUUAAGUGACAGUGUUUCAGAGACUCCCUUGCAGCUAGCUGACCCUACUCCAGUACCACGCACAGUCAUGACAGCCAAAUUCCCCCCUGACAGCCACAUCAGGGUCAUUGACGGGGAUGAGGCAACACCUAGGACAGACAUCACCAGUACUGCCGACUUCAUUACUACAUCAUCACCAACACCGUUUGUGUUUCCUGAAACGAGUUUCUCCUGCAAAGACAAGAUCAUAGGUGGAUUGUAUGCUGAUGUAGAAACAGGAUGUGUUGUUUUCCAUAUCUGCUCAGUGGAACCAGAUGCAAGCACCAAGGACAACAAGUUUGUGUGUGGCGUUGGGACUUUGUUUGACCAGAAGAGCCGCACAUGCCAAACUGCUGCUCUUGUUGACUGUGCCAAGGCCCCCUCUUUCUACUAUCUCAAUGAGCCAGUCAGACAUAUAGUUAAUGUAGAACUUGCAGCUCAAUUCCCUGAACACGAGUUUGAGUUCCCUCGUAUCCCCUCCUCUCCCCUCACCUUCUCCCGACGACGAGGUCGUCGCAGUGCAGAUGGCAAUAUUGAUCUGUGUCGCAGUCGUCCUCUAGGCACACCACUGGCAGAUCUUACUACUGGCUGCCAAGACUUCACAGUCUGUGAGGCUCUGAGUGAUAAUAGAUUAGUGGAAAAGCGCCUCUCAUGCAAGAAAGGAUACCUCUUCUCACAGCUCCGGCAACGUUGUGCACUUGCUAAAAAAGUGAACUGUGCCAAGGAGACUUUAGGUGAAAUUCUUGGAAUGAGAAGCAGUCAAAAUUACAGCAGAAAAAGACGUGCCGCCGCUCUCUUUCAGUCUCGCAGAUUUCGCCGAGCAGCCCUGCCUCCCUUGGCCAAUUUGGUUAUCACACCGGGGGUAGAAGAUGCACGUGCACGCCGGGCUCUCUUUAACCUUGCUGCACUUCAACAGUGGACCCUAGAAAAUGCCCAACAUUCAACUUUCAUUGAAGUGUAUGCCUUACAAACUGAUGGAAAAGAUCAUUAUCCAAAGAAAGUUUAUGUCGAUACUAUGGUUCCUCUUUCUAGUUCCGAGGCAGUACAGCGGUAUGGCUAUGUAUAUCGCAAAAAGAGAGAUGUAUCUAAUAUCACUGUAGCAGAACAAGUACUUACUAGUAAUACAACCAAGGUACAAGAAAUGAUUACUCAAACUCCUGUAGUAACAUCUGGAAAUUCAGAUGAAGCUGAAGACAAAGUUCAGCCAGUUGAUAUCUUUGUAAAUAAAUCAUCUCAAGGCUUCUUCAGUGUUCCUACUAUUACUACUACAACUAUUGGUUCAACGCCAACAGCUCUACCAACAGUAACUGUUAGUAGAAGAAAAGACACAUCAGAUUCAUUUGUUAGUCCAACUCAACCAGCAAUACCCACAACAUUAUCAACUGUCACAAUAUCCCCAGAACAUACUAUUUUUAAAACAACAUCCACAGCCACAGUUACUAUAAUUCCUAUAACUGUGACUGUUACAACUACAAAAACCAUUGUACCUGAAUCACUGAUCAAUAUGCACACAGAACUUUCCCCAACAGGAACAGCACUUGAAACAGCAAUAACACAGAUGCCAGUAUCUGUGACCACACCUCUUCCACCACCAUCUACAACAGCAGCAAUAGUUGAUUCUGUUUCCAAAGUUAUUUCCACAUCACCACCAGAAGUGAAGCCAACAGCUUUUCCAAAUAACUCACAAAAUAACACAUUUGAAAUGCAACCAGCAGCAGCUGGACCUGUCUCUAAUUCUGAUUCUUUGCCUCUCCAAAAUCCAACUGAAAAUCAAACUUUACCAUCCAUUACAAAUGGUACUGUGGUACAAAAUUUCACUGAAAGUACAAUAGCUCCAUCAACAAGUCCUGAAGUGAGUGUAUCUUCAUCUACUUCAAGUACACCUGUGGCUGUUAAUGAAACUGAAAGUACUAAUGUUACAGAAUCCAGUGGAAGUGUAGCAUUUUCUUCCACUACUGAAGGUGUUCAGCCUAAUGAAGUAGUGACAACCACUGCUGCAACCACCGUAGCUACAGCUUUGGACACAAGUACAAAAAUAAGUCAGACAGUAAAUGUCACAGUUUCUGCUAAUGAAACAGUUGCCACUACUACUGAAAGUAUUAUAGACUCUGUUAAUGCCACAUCAACUGUGAAGCCCUCAAAAGAUGUGGAUGUGUCAGUGAACUCUUCAACAACAUCAGUAACUCCUUCUUCUGUCACUCCACAGGGGCCUUUCACUAGAGAAAACUUACCUGAAACUAAUUUCACCUGCAAAGAUAAAAAGUUGGAGCAGUUUUACCCUGAUCCUGAAGCCAAUUGUCAGGUGUUUCACUAUUGUUCCCCAGGGUUUGUCAAAAAACAAGUUCUUGACCUGAAAUUCCUAUGCACUGGUGCAACUAUGUUUGAUGUUAAUACCCAAAAAUGUGAAGAUAUGGCAAGUGUCACUUGUGGUGAUGACAAACCAACUACACUUGGUAUCAAAACUACUAAACCUACAGAAAAUACCACCGAAGCUCCAACAUUGUCUCCUGCUGCAGCACAUAAUGAGUCUGUCAUACUGGAAGUGCCAGUAAAUAUCACAACUGAAACAAGUGUGGUAAAUGUUUCUCACAUAACUUCUUUUGAAUCAGUAACACCUGAAAACAUUACUACAUCAAACAUAAUUUCUGAAGUAUCAACAACUGAAAGUACUCUAGUAGCACCUGAAGGUAAUGCCACCACCAAACAUGAAAACUGGAAUAGUACUGAAUCACUGCAUCAUAUUUCUGUUACUAAAAUCACUGGUGAAGAAAGCAAUAUUACACAGUUUUCAGAAGCUACUGAACAGUCAGUCCCAGAAACCACCACGGUAACAGAAGAUCCCUUACUAAUGCGGCCUGAAGAAACAGUUAUUGAAGCCGGAGAAUCCACUAGUACGACAGUGGAGCCCUCGUAUGAACUAAUAACAGAGACAUACACUCCAGAGACUGAAGCAGUAACUCCCCAAAAUAUCAGAGAAGAUAUCUCCACCAGCAUAUUAAAUCUCGAGGAUGGUUCUCUCACUAUAACUGAAUUUUCACUUCAAGAUAAUCCAGAAAUAUCUACAGACCUGAGUUCAAUGUUUCAAAAUGAUAUUGUAUUUGAAACAACAACAGCAGCUGAAGAAUUAGCUGAUAUUUCAACAACAGAAUUAAAUGUAAAUAAAGCAGCAACUGCCACACACACUAAUUCUUCUGUAUCCAUCCCAGAAACAUCAACAUCUAUUUCAGUAUCAACUGAUAUAUCAGCAUUCAGUAAUCAUUCAGCAUCAAGCGAAGCCUCAAUGUCCAGUAAUGUGUCGAUGUCCAGUGAUGUGUCUUUGUCUGUCAAUCACAAUACAACAGAAGCGGCAGCAUUGUAAAGUCCAGCACAUAUGGACUAGAAGGGUAUUAAUGGCAUGUUACGAUUCAUGUCUGUAUUAUUAUAAUUUUGUUUAUUUAUUCUUGAUAAAUAUCACUAUUAGGGUUAUGUGAGAAUUAUGCCUGUUAAUCAUGAUAUUCCGUGCCAAAAAUAUUUGCCUACACUAGAUUCUAGAAGCACAUAACAUUCCACAUGGUAAAAAUUUCCAUCUCUGUGAUACAAUAUUGAUGUAGGUCAAGACUGCAAAUGGGAGAAUCAUGUAUCCCGUUUUUUUUUUUUUUUUUUUUUUUUUUUUUUUUAGAAAAUACUUUUACUUACUCUAAUGAUGAAAUCAUGUCUUACUGUAUGCUGGAUGUGUAAUACUCAGAUUUUUCUCCAAUUUCUGUUUCUGUUAUUAGUUAUAUCCCAUGUCCUAUUCACUUCAAGCACUGUACUCUGAACUCCUAAAAUAGUCAAUAAGUUAUAAGAAAUUUGGAGUCUCAGAGGGUUAUGUCUGUUAUAGACAAUUUGGUCAGGGAGGUUGUGUUUAUAGCUUCAUUGCUUCAGUCAUAUUAGUAUGACAAAUAUAAGCCCAUUUCUGUAAAUCUGUAAUAAUGUAGCUGUUAAUGUCUUCAAGGAAUAAUAGUGAGAUAAUUUCAGAUUAGAAAAAGCCGACUUACAGCUAAAGUUGUACAUUUUUAAGUAUGCUGGCUCGUCAGAGCUGUUUGUGUUUUUUUCUAGGCAGCUAGAAUUUUUCAGUAUAAUUUUUGGACUCAGACUUCCUUAUGACUUUCAUUCUGACUCGAAAAGAGUAAUUAGUGCUUUGAUAUAACUAGACACUACAUAACAGAAGCAAACAAGAUAUGUUGGUGGCAGUAAAUAUAGCAGGGAUGUAGAUUAUCCAGAUGUUGUGAAUUCAGUUGUUUUUACAUUUUCAUUUAAAUGAUAGUGCCAGAUUUAUAUGAAUGACUUAUUUUAUUGGACAUUUGUUCUUAUAGUACAGUACUGUAUCUUCUAGCUUUAACUACUUCCAUGUACAGCCUUACCAGUUGAUCGUCUUAUAUUAGGGCUUAAGACUACUGUAGUUUACCUCUUAUCUUUUCAAUUUUUAUAUUUCAUCUUAUAUUUUCAAUUUUAUUUUGGGUCUAGAUGCAAUACACAACACAAUUGUACAUUUUUGAGUGUUGGAUAUGAUUUUCACUGUCUUGUUGCAGUUUAACAAUGAAGCACAAGUCAAAUGGUUCGUGUUUUCAUACGUAUUUAUACACCAGUAUCCACAACCAGAUUAAGUUUCCUGUUUCUUAUUUGCUAAUUGCAUAUUUAACUUUUGCUUAGGCUCAUUAAAGGCUGCCUAAUGAGCACUCACCUCAAACAUUUCAUUCAGUUAAAAACAAUAUACAUAGUACAGGAUUUUAUAAGAUGCUAUUAUACUGUUUAAUAUAUACAAACUGAAAUUCCUACAAAUAUAAAGCAUUACAGGUAGAAAAUAAGCAGUAUUUGUCAUAACAUUUUUCAGUACAUAUACUGUAUUGUAUGUUAAAUAUAACAAUAUGAAAGGCACUAUAUUCUCUUGAUAAUAACUUUCAUGUGUGCAGGUAGAAAAAAGUGCUGUAUAAAUUUCAAGGAAUUUAAAAGCAAAAUUGGUUGAAAGUAUAGAUCGAUGCAUGCAAGGGAAUAAUUAGAAAUAUUACAGUAGUGAUUAAAAAUAAGCUGGAAAUUAUACCUUAUAAUUUAAGUAAACAUAGAUUAAUCAUGUUCUGACUGAAAAUAACUUAGAGACAUAUUGUAUGACAGAUGUAGAUUAAUAUAACUUAUUAUAUAGGGUAGAUCUCUAAGACAUCCGUACAUGUAUGUGAUUUUUCUUUGUAUUUACCAUUUCAAUUUUUUGAUUGUAUGAAUGCAAGCAAAUGUCAUAUCCAUGUUUGUCAACAAUUAAUUGGUUUUACAUGCAAAUUUGCAAUACUUUAUAUAGUAUAUAUAUGAUGCAUAACAUCUAACUUUAAUGGUGAACAAUCACAUUGAUAUUAAUUGCCAUCAAAAGAGUUAAAUGAGGAUGAGUAUAAGUCUGGUUGUGGACAUGCCUGUCUUCCGGAUGCUGUGGACUAAUGGAGCUUCUUUCUUAACUUGUACAUCUCAUUUUUUGUAAUCACAAUGAUGCCAACUUUCGUCUAGGAAUAUUGUCGACUAUAACGUUCCUUAUGUCAUUAAAUUAUACAAGGACCUUCUUCAUACAUACUCAUUUGUAUGAUACAGCUAGUUAGUAGAGGCUUACACUCAACAAAGCAGUGAUAGAUGAGUUUUCCAUACAGCCAUUUAAAACAUCAAAAUCAUUACUGAUAUGGCUGUGGUUGAUAUUUUUAUUCCUAUUUUUUCCUUCUAGAUCUGAAGAGACUAGUGAUUUUGAUCUAUAAAUGACAAUAGUAUGAUAAAUUUUGUGCUUAUUGAUGUUAAAUGAUCUGUGGGUUUAGCACUCUGUGAAAAUAAUAAUUAGUGUGCAUCAUAAAAAAUCCAAAUCACUAUUCUUGUCACAGUGAUGUGAUAGUCUGUAUGAUUACAAGUAAGUCUGAAUUUUUCAAUGAGAUUCAAGUUCACAGUUUUGUAAAUAAGAGAUGAAUCUUAUUGAGACUUUUAGCUAAAGUUAAAAUAUCCAUGUCUUGGCACAAAUGACUUUUUCCUGCCUUUUUUUUUUUUACAUUUGUGAUGAUAUUUAUUGUAGCAUAUACUGUAUGAUUUCUGCAUUGUCUUCAUCCCUGAUUCCUUUAUCCUGCCUCUCAGUAAACACUGAACACUUUGUUAUGCCAUUGUAUUUUUUUCCAAGAGAAAAAUUUCAAACUUGUGUUUUGAAUAUCAUUGAUUUACAGUGUUUCUAGUAUAGAUACAAAAUAAAUAUUUUAUUAUUA